AAGCAGCCAAGACUACCAAGUCUUCUUCCUCUUCCUUUGCAAAUCAACUCCAUUUCAAUUCACACACACUCAAAACCAGAAAAUCACACGCACCCCACAUGAAAAUAUUAGCCACAUCCCAUGUUAAAAUGUUAUUUUACUAUUUUCUAACCAUUUUCUUAAUCUUGAGCCAUGCGCACUCUGAGACUCUGUUGCAUGAUCAAGAACAUGCAAUCCUAAUGAAGAUAAAGUUGCACCUACAAAACCCACUAUUCUUGAGUCAUUGGACUUCAUCAGACACUUCUCAUUGCUCUUGGUCAGAAAUCACAUGCACCAAUGACUCUAUCACUGGAUUGACUUUGGUCAACAGCACCAUCACUCAAACAAUGCCAUCUUUUCUAUGUGACCUCAAAAAUCUCACACAAGUUGAUUUCAGAAACAAUUCCAUUCCAGGGGAGUUCCCAACAUUUCUCUACAAAUGUUCCAAGUUGGUGUACCUUGACCUCUCAAUGAACAACUUUGGUGGUAACAUACCUCAUGACAUAGACAAAUUGGUUAACUUGCAGUACCUUAAUCUUGGUUCCACCAACUUGUAUGGUGACAUUCCUGCAAGCAUUGGAGGGUUAAAGGAGCUGAGAUUGCUUCAACUUCAGUAUUGUCUAUUCAAUGGUACUUUUCCUGCUGAGAACAUUAGCAACUUGGUCAAUCUUGAAUUCUUGGACAUGUCUUCUAACUUAGUGCUCCCUCCUUCUAAGUUCCCUUCAAGUUUGACCAAGUUGAAAAAAUUGAAGUUCUUUCACAUGUAUAGUUCUAACUUCUUUGGGAACAUCCCUGAAACCAUUGGAGAAAUGGUGGCUUUGGAGAGCUUGGAUUUAUCACGAAGCAACUUAACUGGACACAUUCCCAAAGGUUUGUUCUUGUUGAAGAAUUUGAGCCAAGUGUAUCUUUUCAGGAACAAACUUUCUGGUGAGAUACCUGAUGUGGUUGAAGCCCUGAAUUUGAUUGAACUUGAUCUAGCAGAAAACAAUCUUACUGGGAAAAUACCUGAAGAUUUUGGGAAGCUCCAAAAGUUAACAUGGUUGAGUUUGUCUCUCAAUAACUUGUCAGGGGAGAUACCACAAAGCUUAGGCCAUCUUCCAUCUUUGGCACAUUUUCAUGUCAUUUUCAACAACUUGUCAGGUACUAUUCCUCCUGAAUUUGGUCGCUACUCAAAGCUUGAAACAUUUAUGGUUUCAUCUAAUAGUUUUAGUGGAAAGUUACCGGAGAACUUAUGCUACCAUGGUCAGUUACUUAAUUUAUCUACUUAUAAUAAUCAUCUGAGUGGAGAGUUGCCAGAAUCACUUGGGAAUUGUAGUAGCCUGAUAGAUUUGAAAAUUUUUAGUAACGAGUUUUCGGGUAGUAUUCCUAGUGGUCUUUGGACUUUCAAGAUGUCAAAUUUCAUGGUAAGAGAUAAUAAGUUCACUGGUGAGCUUCCUGAGAGAUUGUCCUCAAGUAUUUCACGCUUUGAGAUAAGUUACAAUCAGUUUUAUGGCAGGAUUCCAAGAGGGGUAUCUUCAUGGACUAAUGUGGUAGUGUUUAAUGCUAGUAAGAACUACUUCAAUGGAAGUAUUCCAAAAGAGUUAACAGCUCUUCCCAAGCUAACAACUCUAUUGCUUGAUCAGAACCAGCUCACAGGGCCACUUCCAUCAGAUAUAAUAUCAUGGAAGUCCCUGGAAAAUCUAAAUCUGAGUCAUAACCAAAUCUCUGGACAAAUCCCAGAUUCAAUUGCUCUAUUACCUGUCCUUAGCCAACUUGACUUGUCAAAAAAUCAAUUCUCUGGCCAGGUUCCUUCUAUACUUCCUAGACUCACCAAUCUAAAUUUAUCCUCUAACCAUUUGUCAGGGAAAAUUCCAAGUGAAUUUGAGAAUCCUGUGUUUUCCACCAGCUUUUUGGAUAAUUCUGGCCUCUGUGCUGAUACCUCAGCAUUCAACAUUACGUUGUGCAAUGUUGGCUUUGAAAGGCCAACCAAAGGUUCAUCUUGGUCUCUUGCUUUGAUUAUAAGCCUGGUGGUAGUAACCUUCUUACUAGCCUUAUUGAUAUCACUCUUGAUUAUCAAACUUUACAGAAAAGGGAAGACAAGAUUGGAUAACUCAUGGAAGCUUAUUUCAUUUCAAAGGGUGAGUUUCAAUGAAUCAAACAUAGUAUCAUCAAUGACAGAAAAUAAUGUUAUUGGCAGUGGUGGAUUUGGUACAGUAUAUCGUGUUACCGUUGAUGGUUUAGGCUAUGUUGCUGUGAAAAAGAUCUCCAAUAACAGAAAGUUAGACCAAAAGCUAGAGAGCUCAUUUCGUGCAGAAGUGAAAAUAUUGAGCAACAUUCGGCAUAAGAACAUUGUGAAAUUGAUAUGCUGUAUAUUUAAUGAGGAUUCUAUGCUUCUUGUCUAUGAGUAUUUGGAAAACUGUAGCCUGGAUAGGUGGUUGCACAAAAAGGGGAAGCCAUCAUCUGUGUCAGGUUCAGUCCAUCAUUUUGUGCUUGAGUGGCCAAAGAGAUUGCAAAUAGCCAUUGGGAUAGCCCAAGGUUUGUGCUACAUGCACUACGAUUGCUCACCACCAAUUGUUCAUCGAGAUAUAAAAACAAGCAACAUCCUUUUGGAUUCUCAAUUUAAUGCAAAAGUUGCUGAUUUUGGUCUGGCUAGGAUGUUAAUCAAGCCAGGGGAACUUGCCACCAUGUCAUCUGUGAUUGGCUCAUUUGGCUACAUGGCUCCAGAAUAUGUUCAAACAAAGAGAGUAAGUGAAAAGAUUGAUGUCUUUAGCUUUGGCGUUGUACUAUUGGAAUUGACAACUGGCAAAGAGGCUAAUUAUGGUGAUGAGCACUCAUCUCUUGCAGAGUGGGCGUGGCGUCACCACCAGUUAGGAAGCAAUAUAAAAGAGCUACUAGACAAUGAUUUCGUAGAACCUAUGUACAUAAAUGAAAUGUGCAGCAUUUUCAAACUUGGGCUCAUUUGUACUUCAACUCUUGCUGCUAAUAGGCCUUCCAUGAAGGAGGUCUUACACAUAUUGCUCAACUGUGGAGAAGGAUUUGUGUUUGGAAAGGAAAAUGUUAGGGAAUAUGAUGGUAUCCCCCUUCUUAAGAAUUCAAAAUGGGAGAGAAAGUUGCAUGUUGUUGAUAAUGAUAGUGACUAAUGAACUUUAUAUUAGAAGUAAUUAGUCUUUUUUUCUUAUAGAUUACAUAUAUCUAUUAGAUAAAACAAUUUUGUUUGAGCUGAGUUGAACUUGAUUUAGGAUUGUAAGUCACUAUGAAUGAAUUUGAUUUUGGC